UGUUGGUCAACCUCUGUUGAUCACACACCACCACCACACCCCCUUCCUGUACAGUAUCGAAGAGACCAAUACAUUUCAAAAAUGAGCGGAAAAGGCAAAGCUGGAAAAUCUGGUGGCAAGGCUAGCGCUGAGGGAAAGGCACAGUCCCGUUCUGCCAAGGCGGGUCUCCAGUUCCCGGUUGGUCGUGUGCACCGUCUUUUGAAAAAGGGCAACUACGCUCAGCGGGUCGGCGCUGGUGCUCCAGUAUACCUCGCGGCCGUCCUCGAGUAUCUUGCUGCUGAGAUCCUCGAGCUUGCUGGAAAUGCUGCUCGUGACAACAAGAAACAACGUAUUGUUCCUCGUCAUUUGCAACUCGCUAUCCGUAACGAUGAAGAGUUGAACAAGUUGCUCGGGGAUGUGGUGAUCUCACAAGGUGGGGUUGUUCCGUUUAUUAACCCCGAGCUUUUGCCCAGUAAGACGAGCAAGGGAAAGAAGGAGGGCGUCAGCCAGGAAGUCUAAACGGUACGAUAUAGUCACAUAUUGGUUUGGCAUCUUUAUUAUUCGCGCGUUUCUCUACCAUGUAUCUCAAGCACCGUGUUGUAGUCUAUUGAAAGGUUACCGUUUCUAAAGCUUCGCAGAAUCUUGACGAACUCGUGGUAUAGAAAACGAAGUGUUACAGCGUCCCUCUAGCCUGCAUACAAGAAGUCUAUUGUGUCUUCCCUCCAGCGAACUCCUAA